GUCCUCCAAGACGGAUGUAAGAUGCUGCACUUUCGUCAAACGGAGUGCAAUGAGUCAUCGAGUCGAUCACAUGCAGUGUUUACCAUCAAUUACACCAGUUGUGCCGGGCGUCGCUCUAAGCUGGUCUUGAUUGAUCUAGCAGGGAGUGAGAACGUCAAGAGGAGCAAGGUGAACAGAGACGGUGUGAAGGAGGCCGGAGAGAUCAACUCCAGUUUGUCUGUGCUGGGCCGUGUUGUUGAAGCCUUGAACAGUGGCAGCUCGCAUAUCCCUUACAGGGAGUCUCUAUUGACCCGUCUCCUCCAGGAUUCUCUGGGGGGCAGUUGCAAAACUUGUAUGAUAGCAACCAUUAAUCCCGAACGAAGUGAAUACCGGCAGACUAUGAAUACACUACAGUUCGCGCAGCGCAUGAGCAAGGUCGUGAAUCGCCCAAAAGUUGUCGCCAUCGAUAAC